AAUCUAAAACGCAAACUCAAACACAAACACACACUCAUUGUGUCAUCACUAUGGAGCCUUUCUCUUCCACUAAACAAAAUCAUAACAACAACAACACUCUAACUAAACCUUCUCUUCAUGUUGAAUCUCCACCACUUGAACCUAGUCCUCUCCGUAAGAUCAUAGUCGUUGCUUCCAUAGCAGCAGGUGUUCAGUUUGGCUGGGCCCUACAGCUUUCACUUUUAACUCCCUAUGUUCAGUUACUCGGUAUCCCCCAUACUUGGGCCGCAUACAUCUGGCUCUGCGGCCCAAUCUCGGGGAUGCUUGUCCAACCGAUUGUCGGUUAUCACAGUGAUCGUUGCACUUCACGCUUCGGUCGCCGUCGUCCGUUCAUCGCUGCAGGAUCAUUCGCCGUCGCUAUUGCCGUUUUCCUUAUCGGCUAUGCUGCUGACCUUGGUCACAGCUUCGGCGAUGACUUAUCAAAAAAAGUCCGUCCACGUGCAAUAGGAAUCUUCGUCGUUGGUUUCUGGAUCCUCGACGUCGCUAACAACAUGCUUCAAGGUCCUUGCCGUGCACUUCUUGGUGACCUCUGCGCCGGUAACCACCAAAAAACAAGAAACGCAAACGCGUUUUUCUCGUUUUUUAUGGCCGUCGGUAACAUCCUCGGUUACGCCGCCGGUGCUUACAGCAAACUCUUUCACGUGUUUCCGUUCACCAAAACAAAAGCAUGUGAUAUCUACUGUGCAAAUUUGAAAAGCUGUUUCUUCCUCUCAAUCGCACUUUUAACCGCCGUAGCAACCGCCGCACUGAUCUACGUGAAAGAAAUACCACUCUCGCCGGAAAAAGUCACCGGUAACGGUGUAACCGACGAAGACGGUAACGUUACAAAGAGUAGUAACCCAUGUUUCGGGGAAUUAUCCGGUGCUUUUCGCGAACUAAAGCGUCCCAUGUGGAUCUUACUAUUGGUGACGUGUCUCAACUGGAUUGCGUGGUUUCCUUUCUUACUAUUCGAUACUGAUUGGAUGGGGAAAGAGGUUUAUGGAGGAACGGUUGGGGAAGGUCAUGCGUAUGAUAAAGGUGUGCGCGCGGGUGCAUUGGGUCUUAUGCUAAACUCUGUCGUUUUGGGUGCCACGUCACUAGGAGUUGAUGUGUUGGCGCGUGGUGUUGGUGGUGUGAAGAGGUUAUGGGGUAUUGUUAACUUCCUGCUUGCAAUUUGUUUGGCUAUGACUGUUUUGGUUACUAAAUUGGCUCAGCAUUCGCGAGUAUACGCGGAUGCUAGCCAUACCGAUCCUCUUCCACCUUCCGGUGGCAUCACUGCCGGUGCGUUGGCUCUCUUUUCCGUUCUCGGAAUUCCUCUCGCGAUCACUUACAGCAUACCCUUUGCUCUAGCAUCAAUAUUCUCCAGCUCCUCAGGGGCAGGCCAAGGGUUAUCUCUAGGAGUUCUCAAUCUUGCUAUUGUCAUACCACAGAUGAUUGUCUCUGUUCUGAGUGGACCAUGGGAUGCUCUGUUUGGAGGUGGUAACCUGCCAGCUUUUGUGGUGGGUGCCGUGGCGGCUCUAGCAAGUGGCAUAUUAUCCGUAGUCUUACUUCCAUCUCCACCACCAGACUUGGCCAAGUCUGUAACCGCUACAGGAGGAGGCUUUCAUUAAACAGUGUGGAACAUUUUCUUCAUGUGUCUAUCUUUUUUGUCCCACGUUUUAAUAUGGAAGAAGGGAAAGAAAAAAAAAACGAGAAUGUUUUUCUUUUUAAAUUUUAAUUUUAAGCCGUUGUGUAGAAGGCUUUUAGAUUCCAACAAAAUGCUCUAGAAUUGCCAUUUUAUGGCUUGCAUGAAUGACUAAGUAAUAACCAGUCAUUUUUAAUUGUAAAGUUUGAUGAGAGGCUGUAUAGAAAUCCUGUUCUAGCAGGACUCAGCCCUUUCUUUAUUUAUGUGAUAUUUGGUACAUUUUGGAUGCUCAGAAGAUAACGUAGUGAUGAUGAUGUAUAAGCAUACCUUGAUGCUUGGUUAAUCCAUUAAUAAUACUUAUGGAAUGAUAGUUCUGAAUUGGACUACAUUACUUUCCUAUU